UGUCGAAACGGGCAUGCGUCAGUCGGUAAAUACUUUCGCGACCAGAAAAUUCGGUCACUGCAUACUUGCCAGAUAGUAAAUGAUGGUAAGCUCUGCGACAAGAAUCCUUAUCUCUUGGCGAAAAAAAUGAAAGAAAUAAGCGCCAAAUGUCGAGCGUGAAACUUGUUUCGAUUGCGGUAACCCAAGCUUGGAUGUCUCCGAGUUAUUGUGGGUUCGGAAUCAUUGGUAUGGUAUUUCUCUGACCCUAGCUGAAUAAUGAACUAUUAUUAUUAUCAUUAUUAUUAUUAAUAAUUGUCGACCUCUGUACUGGACGUUGCAUUUACAAGUGUCCCCAAAUCACUCAACUACCAUCUCUGAAGUGCAUUCGUUUUCUUAUCUUGUGUUUUUAAAGUUGAUUUCCAGACUUCUGCUGUAAAAUGCGCAAACGAUUUCCACCUCGGAAUCUAAAACUGACUGUUGUAGGAGACAAGCGUGUCGGGAAAACUUCUCUCCUUAAGACAUACACCCACGGGGUCUUCCCUCAAGGUGAAUACGUCUCCACAGUAUUUCCUUAUCUGUCGGACGAAGACUACGUGUACAGCAAACCAAUUAACUAUUCCGGCCAUCCAGUGUUAUUGACCAUGUGGGAUCGAGUAUACAACCAGAAGGAAGACGACCUCAUCCGUUCGUUGCAAUAUGACCAGACGGAUAUAUUCCUACUGUGUUUCAGCGUCACAGACAGAACUUCUUUUCUCAAUGCCACUACUCUAUGGAAACCAGAAAUUCAGAAGCACUGUCCGAAGUCUCCCUGCAUAUUAGUAGGCCUCAAGAAAGAUCUCCGCUGUUCCCGAUCCUUCAGUAGGCAUGAAGUUGUUACAAAGAGCAUGGGAAGAGACAUGGCGGAGAAAAUUGGAGCUGUAGCUUAUAUGGAAUGUUCCGCCAGGAAAAAAGAAGGUGUUAAAGAGAUUUUCGCAGUUGCCGUACAGACAGCUAUGCGAUCUCCUCCUCCGAAACCAAAAAAGAAAUCUGGUAUUUGCGGAUCACGUUUAUUGAGGUUCAUCAAACUUCUUUGAAUGAUUUUCUUUUCAAGAGUGGCAAGAACCAAAUCUCCUAGUGAAUUCUUGUUCAGUUGAAUCAGGAAACUACUCCUAUAGAAAUGCAUGAUUUUUUUGAAAAUGAACUUCAAAGUCUUAAACAUGGCUAUGAGUCGAGAUUGUAGAAUUCAGGUUGUUAGUCAUAAAAGAAUAGCCGGAUGUUCUACAAUUUAAAUACAUACUUCCUCGCAUCAAUUCUUAAGAUGAAGCAAAAUUUCAAUCUUAAGAAUCCAUCUAAACCGGCAUUUCGUGAAUUUAUAAAAAGGAAAUCGCAUUUAAAUAUGUCAGACAUCACUAUAUGUUAUCGAAGUUAUUUAAAGUUCUAUAAAUUGUUAAGAUAGUUUGUUGAUAAAAUAAGAAGAGUUCGCCAUUUUAUUUUGUUGUUUUUGUUACAUGAUAAAGUGGAAUGGCGAUAGUUUUCUGUCUUUUGACUGACAGUGGAGACUCUUAGGUGUACAUAUAUUUUGUUAUUGAUAUUUUUUUAGCUUUUGGAUUCAUAUACGAUAAUAUGAAGUUAGCGUUAAAUAUCAUUCAUAAUAUUUAUUUCUGUCAUUCCAUACGAAAUAUUAGAUUCUGUUAUUCUAACAGUUGGGGUUCUUAGAAAAUUAAAGUAAUGCAAAGUGUGAAUUUUAUAAAUUUUUAGGGCGAAACGAUGUUUUAAUGUAUGUGCUUAAAAUAACUCACAAUUUCAUGCUGAAAAAAAAAAAUUUUUUUUUUUUAAUAACCUGAGUAAAAUAACAAAAAUUUCUAUCGGGAAAUGUGCUUUUGAAGGCUCUGGAAAUUGUUUAAAACGUAGCUUUCUAUUUUAAAUUUAAUGUUUGUAUUAUUGUAAUUAUCUUUUUUAAUGUAAUGUAGUAUGAACCUGCAACUGCUCAUUUAGGCGUAUUAACCAAAUUCUAAAAUUAUUUCUCAUAUUCUUCUUAAAACUUUAUUUAAAGUUAUAUUUGAUUUUUUAUAUCAUUUCACCAAAACUAAAUUUCGUAACGAAGCAUAUUCUUUACAAAGAACAAGACUAAAAUAUUUCAAUAAAGAUUUCAGAAAGUUAUUUUAUUUUUGUAGCAAAUAGUAACAUGAGAUAAUUUAAUUACUAUGAAAUGUUUACUGCAGAUACUUAGUUUGGCUUGAUUGUUUCAAAGCCUAAUUUUAUUUGUUAAGACUGUAUAUUAAGAAUACUAGUCAGUCUUACAGAAAAUGCUUUUCUGGUGUUUUCUGUCAAAUGUUGUGAAAAAUCGUGUAUUUGCUGUAUUUAGACUUAAAAUCAGUUGUUUAUUUGUUCUUAUAAAAUUUAUUUAUUUUGUGGAAUUGAUAGUUUGAAUAAAUAUUUUUUUUUAUUCUUUAA